GUUAUUGAACAAAAAACGAUGAAGGUUCCUUUUAUUGCACGAAAACUAAAAUAAUGCAUUCCCCUUCUUUUCUCUUCAUUUAAAAAUGAUAACUUAUCAGCAGCCGCCUACUUUACCUCAAAGACCCAAUGCGACCAAUAUUGAGAUAUGCAAUGUUCAAGAAGGUGAGGCUGUAUAUCAGCGCUUUCUUUUAGUCAAUGGACGUGCUGGUCCUCGUGAUGGUUGCUUUGAUAAGCCUCUUCAAGUAGUGUGUAAUGAUUUUCCAUCUACAACAUGGCCCUGUGUCAAUUCCUACUUUAAGGCAAUGGUUCAUUUGGUACCUGGACCCAACACUAUCACUUUUGUGUUUGAGACCACUACUUUCGAUUUCCAUGUCAACUACUUGCCUAUGCUACAAAACCCGCCUCUGUCACUUGUUAUUAUGCUAGGUGCUGAUUCACCUGGUACGUUUGAUGUUCCUCCAGAGAAAAAAGGACAAGAUACAUUGGCCAUCGCUAUCCAGAAACUGCGUGUUGCUGGUUAUAUGUGGCAAGCCUUUUGUGCUGAACAAAUGCAUCGUCAUGGCAUGGGCAGAAGAACAUUUCGAUUAGACGAGGCUUGGUUGCCAGAUACCGUGGCUGAGCAAGACAAAGGAAUCCUGCGCCAAACUGCGCGUGUGCAUGUUAUUCGUUCUAAACAUACUAUACAUGAAAUCCGUGAUAAAAGAAGAGCACAACAAAGCGAUGAACAUGAUGAAAAUCAUGAGAGUUUAUUUGAUUAUUUUUUGGAAGCCUUGCAUGAAAAUCCACCUUUUGAUCAGCCUUGUUAUGUAGCAGGGUUGAUUUUGGAUUCGCAUUGGGAUGGACAGUUAUCUUUGGGUCAUACAGCAUUGGGUGGUGGCGCAGGUAAGACUCGUUUGGGUGUGUUUGGAUCCCAUCUGUUACAUGCUUGGCCAGUAUCUAUAGAAGAUAUUGUGCCUAGCAUGAUGAACAAUACUGUCACAGAUACAAGAUAUAUAGCAAAUGAUGCCAAUGAAUCUGGUUAUUGGUGGAAAGCUGCUAAUAUUGGUAUGGGUGCUAUGUUGCAUGAAGUAGGCCAUUGCUUUACUCUAAGCCAUACACCUUCUGGUAUCAUGAGCAGAGGAUUCAAUCAUUGGAAUCGAACAUUUCUUGCUAAAGAGCCAGGUUUCUCGCCUAUUCCACCAGAAAAAGAAGAAGGUUCUCAUUGGCAUAGAGCUGAUAUCAUGCGUCUUCGAUUCCAUCCUGCUUUCCGUAUUCCUCAAGAUGGUCCUUACUGUAAAGAUCCCUCUGAUCCUACUUUUGUACCCUUGAACAACCAGCAGUUCCAGGUCAUUGCACCUGCUGGUUUGUCCAUGCUUGAAAUAUUUGUUGAUGGUCGAUACCGUACGCACCUUGAAUUUUUGCAAGACCAGCCUACUCAAUUGACGUUAAACUACCAUGAUAUUUGCACACAAUGUCAAUCCGAUCCCUCGCAGCAUAUUUCCAUAGAAGCCACUGCUACAAAUCAGUCUCAGCGAGAAAUUGAUGACCUGCAGGACUUUUUGUACAAACAUAGUGUCCAUUUACCCGGUAUCGAGGGUCUUGUGAUCAAGAGCGAUGUGUUCGGUAGUAGUUCCGAGGGCAAGCUGACGUUUUGCGCUAUUUUUGCUGCUGGUAAACAAUUAGUGCGUAUCAUUAUUCACCAUGGUAGCUUUUUAGAUGGGUUUACGCUCAUUUGGAAUGAUGGAUCACGUGAUACAAUAGGCACUUUAGGUGGAGGUAAAUCUCAGUUGGAUGUGAUGUCUGGUGAAUCUAUUCAAGGUCUUGUGGUUCGUUCGGGUGCCUGGAUUGAUGGCAUUCAGUUCAAGUUUAGUAGUGGUCGAAUAAGUCCUUGGUAUGGUGGACAUGGUGGUGGGAUGCAUGUAGUAGAAGCACCUAAAGGAUAUGCAUUGGUUGGACUGUUUGGUUCAGCCAAUGACUGGAUGGAGCAAAUAGGCAUUUUCUACAAAUGUCUCAGUUAGAAAUCCGAGAAAAACCUUGCAUGGAAACGAAAGAAAUAAAGUGACUUUUUUCUCAGAUU